GGAUAAAUUAUAGGAAUCACAAGUGUCAGGUAUAUCUGAACGCUCGCAUCAUUUACUCCACUGCUCUCGAGUGGAUAAGUUGCUUAGUCAUGGAUGUAGUGUAGGCUGCAUCGGGGGAAAUGUAUGUAUAUCAUUCAAUCACCUGUGUUUGGUUCCGAGGAUAUAGAUGAGCUACGGAAACAGGUAGAUUAGUGUCACAAACCCGGGCUUCACCUGAUACCAUAGGACUAACAAAUUAAUUAGUGAAGGCUCACAUAAAAGAUGACGUAUGGCAACUACACCGGCAUCGGCUAUUGAUAGGAGGUUCUGUAGGGAGUGUGUUGCAUUUAUUUCUCUGUGCUUAGAGACCUCACCUACACAAUCAAAUUUAUGUGAUGGCUAACGAUACUAUUUAUCUGUGUAAUUUUCGUGUGUCUGUGGAUGGUGAAUGGCUGUGCCUUAGGGAGUUGUCGGAUGUGUCCGUUGCCCAGCAAGGGUCAAACUCGAGUACAGAAGGGGCUGAAGAGUCAGGCCAGGAGACUGAUGAUGAUAGUGUGCUUAGAAAUCCGGUGCUUGUGGAGCGUGCUAACUUGCUGAACAUCGCUAAGCUAUGUAUCAAAGCACUUAUAGAAUCAGCUCUGGAAGAGGGACGAAUUCUGGACGAUGAGCAUAUACCUCUACAACAGUUCUUUGUGGUGAUGGAACAUAUUCUUGCACAUGGCCUCAAAGGUAAGAAAUUUGUACUGGAAAAGAAGAAGGAAUUUUGGAGUGCUCUGGAAGUAGUAGAGAAGAUUAUGCCGGAAGCCAAGGACAUUACGGACAGUGUCAGGAAUCUACCGGGAUUAAAGACAAAUAUCGGUCGCAGUCGAGCUUGGCUGAGGCUGGCACUCAUGCAGAAAAAACUUGCUGAUUACUUCCGAGCGCUGAUCGAAAGAAAAGACAUUCUCAGUGAGUUUUACGAGCCAGGGGCUGCUUUGAUGGAGGAGGAAGCGGCUGUCAUUGCGGGGCUUCUUGUCGGCCUCAACGUGAUUGAUUGCAACCUGUACCUGAAGGGGGACGACCUUGAUUCUGCCCCAUCUGUUCUUGACAUGAGUGUUUUUAUGAAAGAUGGUAACUACUUAGACAAACCAGAGGAGACAGGAGCCUGUUCUGCUACUGAUGGUGGAAGCCCGGCACAGACAUCUGAUAUCUCAUCCAUCCUGGAUCAGAAGAAUUAUCUGGAAGAGUUGAAUCGUCACCUCAAUGCUCAGAUAAGUUCCUUGCAGAUCCGGGUCAAAGGCCUUGAGGAGAACAAUUCGCAUAUGAAGCAAGAGCUUGCUGUUGCCAAUAACAACCUGUUAAGUAUUCAAGCAAUGAAUGAAAAGUAUCAGAAUGAAAACGCAAGACUCUCUCAAGAUGUAUCUAAAAAAAUUGAGCUUGUACGAGCUGACAUGGACGUUGAGAGAGAAGCGUACAACACAUCAAGAGCUGGCUUAGAUUCACUUUACAAGUCUGCGCAAGAAGAUUUACAACGUCAAACACAGGAACGCAAUGAACUUGAGCGGGACCUAGAAUUGCAGAAGAGUAUGAAGACAGAAAUGGAGAUGGCAAUGAAAUUACUGGAGAAGGACAUCCAUGAAAAACAAGACACAAUAGUCACCCUUAGGAAACAACUUGAAGAUAUCAAGGCCAUCAAUCUAGAUCUCUUUACAAAGUUACAGAGUUUUGAAAGUACAGCUAAACAUAAAUCAGACAUUGUUGUGAAACUGGAGGAGAAGACGAACCAAAUGGCAGCAACCAUAAAAGCAUUAGAAGAAAGGCUAAAGAUAUGUGACAAUGAUAAGCAGGCUGCUAUGGAAACUGCUCGUAAACUCGGCCAAACUCUUGCUGAAAAGGACCUUAAACGCUCGGCUCUAGAAACAGACUUAAAAAUUGAGCGCGAGUGGCGAAACCAGUUACAAAAAGAUUUGAGUAUUGAGAAAGACUUGGUUGCACAACUUCAGAAAGAUGUUGGCGAGCUAGUUAGCCUAAGAGAACAGUAUGUAAAGGUAUCCGACGAGCACAGCCACCUGCAAGAGACCUGCGAAGCACAGGAGCUAGCUUUAGCAGAAAUGGGUUCAAAACUAAGCGAGUCACAGUUGAAAAUGGACGAUAUGAAGGAAGCAGUAACAGCACUAGACAAACGUGUAUGGACAAGUGACAAGGACUCCCUCACAUGUAUGUCUUGUGAAAAACCGUUCUCUGUUGCCCGCCGUAAGCACCAUUGUCGUAACUGUGGAGGUAUUUAUUGCAAUAGCUGCUCGGACAACUGUAUGCCACUUCCUUCGUCUGCCAAGCCAGUCAGGGUCUGCGACCGGUGCCACACGAACCUACUACAGCGGUACUCGGCAUCGUCUACAUAGCUCACUUUGAUAUUACACUGCGGCAGGAGAUUUGGAAAAGAUCAAAGUCACAACUCCCAUGAAAUGUUAGUCACGCCAUGGAGGUAUAAAACAAUUUUAUACCUCCAUGGUUACGCUUAAAGAAAAUAAUGCUACUGCAACCGUGUUGCUGUACUUGGUCUCUCAGAAGCAUUGCUUUUUUCUUUCUCAAAUGCGUUCUAUGGAAUCUUUUCAUGUGUAAUUUAUUAUGUUAAAACUAAAGCUACAGUUAGCUUUGUAAACUCCAGAAUUGUCCUGUUCUCAACAUAACUCAAAGAAUUGCUUGUAUUAAACCCUGUCUCUGUAUUUUAUAUCUUUCAUUCUGAAAUUAUUUUUGUUCUGUUUUCAACCAGAAUUAGGAAGUAGAGCAUAUGUGCGUGUGUGAGUUAUUUACAGCCAUAAAUUUAUUAUUAUAAAAUGCAUAUAAUCCUCAAAAAUCAAUUUCACCUCAAUUUUCACCUGCAAAUUGAAUAUCAAAUGUGAUCCUAAGACACGGACUUGUGGAAGCAUGCUUUUAUUUUGAUAAAAUCUCCUACUUAUGCAAUUGAAGUAAUGCGAUAUCAAUUGAUAUAGAGGGCGCCAUUUAAAAUGGUAUGCUUGUAUCAUAGAGUUGUAUAUAGAAGAACUAAAGUC